AUGCCCAUUAGGGUGUUGGGGAAAGCCAAAGAUUUCUACGUCCGGAGCAUGAUAAAUUGCGCCGAAAGGAUGAGCUACAGUGGCUCCGGCCAAGUCUCCGGCUUGCCGAAGAGCUUCAGUGUUAGCUCGUCCAAGUCUAAGGACAGUGACGAUUUCAUGGAGCUUAUCCGAGCCAACUCCACCCGGAGUUUGGGCAAUGGGGAAGAGAUGAAUCUGUACAUGUUCCGGCAGCCGACCACGGCUGCGGCGGUGCCGAGAAGCUCCACUGUGAGGAUGGGGAGGAUUGACGAAGACGAGCCUUGUGAAUUUGGAGAAGACAGCGUGAAGAUUAGAUCAGAUUUGUUGUAUCCUAGAAGCAGAAGUUAUGCUGUGACAAAGAGCAGCGCUCUUUUCUGA